AUGGGUGGUCCAUCCAAACGCCGCGCUAAAGCGGAGAAGAAGGGCACCAGCUCUUCGGGCAACUCGUCAGGCCGCUCUCGUGACGCCACUGAGCGUUCCAACCCCAAGUCGAUCCCCCGCCUCGAUGGCAAUCGCGAUCCUCACCCCACGGGUCCGGGACUUUCCCGUAACCCAGUAAUCGAAUACUCUCGUCCGCAAGACCUGAAGAACAUCUCUGAGGCUCUUGGUUAUGCCGGCUGGUGUGUGGCGCGUGGACUUGAGAUCCCCGGAGAGCUUCCUCGCCGCCCGGGCAAGUUCAAUACCAUCGGCAAGCCUGUGAACGUGACGCUCAACACCUUCAAUGUCGACAAGUUCCCCACCCAGAUCGUCUACCAGUAUGACAUAUCAUGGGGCACUGGCACUGAUGCCAGCAAGCGCGUUCUCGUCAAAAAGAUCUGGCGCUCGAAGGCUGUCAAGGAUGCUCUGGGCGAACCGCAGAAUCUCUGGAUCUACGAUGGCAACAAGCUGGCUUGGUGCGGCAAGCGGCUCCCUCGGGAUGAACUCCGCAUUGAAGUGGACUUGGACGCAGAGGAAGCACAAGAUCGUGCUGCUCACGGCCUCCCACUUCGUGGCGCCCGGGACUCGAGCAAGAACAAGCACAAGCUCUACGUGAAGUUCACGCGCCAGCUCGAUUUCUCCGCCCUGCAGUCCUUCCUCAACAACCAGACCUCCUACUCCACAGAGUGCAUCGACACGAUCAACUUCCUAGACCACCUCAUGCGCGAAGGACCCAGCCUCCAGUACACCCAGAUCAAGAAGUCAUUCUUCCAGCGUGGCGAGCGACGCUUCGACCUUGGCGGCGGCGUUGAGGCAUUCAAGGGCGUCUUCUCGUCUCUUCGCCCCUGUCUGAACAACAAGCUCGAGAAGGGUCUGACCGUCAAUGUCGAUGUCGCCAAUGGCACCUUCUGGCGUUCGCAACCGCUUGGUCCCGCUAUGUUCUCUAGCUUUAACUUGGAUCCAGACCGGUUUAGCGGUUUGUUCAUGCGCGAGAAGAAAGAUUGGAGGGGCAGCUCCAUGAAGAAGGAUAUGCAUCGUUUCAAGAAGAUUGGCGUCUCUGCGACUCACGUCAAACCACAUGUCCAGUACACCAUCGAUGAAGUUGAAGGGAAAGAUGUCAAUGAAGCCACCUUCACCGAUCGAGAUGGUAAUACGGUCUCUCUUAGGCAGUACUUCGCCCAAAAAUAUCAGAAGAAUCUGAGGCCUGGGUUCCCUGUGGUCAAGAUGACUAAAAAGAUCCGCGGAAAGCAGGUCUACCUCCCCCUCGAAGUACUGAACAUUGAUGCGAAUCAGCGAUACAACACCAAGUUGAGCGAUAAACAGACAUCUGAGAUGAUCAAGUUCGCAGUCACCCUACCCAAAGAUCGAUGGGCUGCAGUCAUUAACGGUGUGCAACUUCUCAACUGGCAGCAAGACCGCUUCCUCAAUCACUAUGGCCUGAAGAUCAACCCCGCCCCGGCAAAGGUCAAGGGUGUGCUGCUCCCACCGCCCAAGUCUUGCUUUGGAGCGAAGAGCCGUCAAGCUGUGGUGGAUAACAAGGAUCUACUACAGGGUCGCUGGCGUUUGGAUGGUCGUGUGUUUGCACUUCCGAACACAGAUCGACCGAUCAAGGGCUGGGGCAUCUGUGUCGUUCAGGGUCGCGGUGCAGCUACACCCGACGUUGCAAAGAGGUUCGCCGCCGAGUUCGUUAAGAUCUACACUGCUCACGGCGGUAUCGUUGCCUCUCACCCUACGCAUGGCACAACGCCUUGGAUUGGUCCCGGCAACCUCGCCGACGGCGGAGAGAUGGUGAACAAGGCUUAUCAGGCGACUGGAAACCGUUACCAGCAGCGCCCGAGCCUCAUGUUCUUCAUUGUCAACGACCGCAACAUCGAAAUUUAUCGGCGCAUCAAGAAGUCCAUGGACAUUCGCUUUGGCGUUGUGAGCCAAGUCAUUCAGUCCAAGCAUGCGCAGACUGCUUCUGGCCAGUACAUAUCCAACGUGUGCAUGAAGGUCAAUGCGAAGCUCGGCGGUGCCACGAAUGUCGCGGUUUCCCAGGUCAUUCCCAAGCUCAAUCCCAAGGCGGCUUCCAUCCCCACCAUGGUCGUCGGUGCUGACGUUUCCCACCCCGCCCCAGGAGCUGGGUCCGGAGAGGCUGCUUCGUUCGCCGCCAUCACGGUUUCUAACGACGCGACCUUCACGCGUUACUGGGCUGAGGUCCAGACCAACGGCCACCGCGUUGAGAUGGUCACCACCUCCAACAUCGAGGAGCACUUUGGCCACAUGGCGAAGAACUGGAUGCAACGCCUUGGUAAGGGUCAGCCGCCAAAGCGGGUCAUCUAUAUUCGUGACGGUGUGAGCGAGGGCCAGUACGCCGCUGUUCUGAACGAGGAAGUCCGCGACAUGAAGUCUGUCUUCGCCAAGCUUGGCUGCAAGACCACCCCCGACUUCUGUGUCAUGAUUGCUGGCAAGCGCCACCACAUCCGCUUCUUCCCUGAGCAAGGCGACCGUAACAAGAACCCCCUCCCCGGUACCUUGGUCGAAACCGGCUGCACUCACCCACAUGAGUUCGACUUCUACCUCUGCUCACAUGUGGCCAUCAAGGGCACCGCUCGCCCUAUUCACUACCAGUGCAUCCUCAACGAGAACGGGUCCUGGCAGGCAGCGGAGAUGCAGCAAUUCCUCUUUGAGCACUCCUACCAGUACAUUCGCUCCACGACUCCGGUUUCCCUCCACCCUGCUGUGUACUACGCUCACUUGGCCGCCGACCGUGCUAGGGCCCAUGUGAGCGACAGCCCGGUCUCAUCUGGCAAGAAGGAGGCCCAAGGUCAAGCAGCACGCUCCUCCACCGGUUCGUCCAGCCGCGUCAUCGAGGUUGCCCCGCUGCAGCCUAUGCUUGCCAACACUGGAAUCCGCGAGACCAUGUGGUACAUCUAG